GAGCGAGCUCGGGAAACAUUGCUACCUCGCUGAGCGGUGUGUCAACAAACCACCACCUCAUCCCCUCUUGGGCUGCCGCACAACUGGGAAUCCCGACACCAUGCUCGCCACCACUCUCACCUCCGCCGUCCUCUUCGCGGCUACUGCUUUAGCCGCCGUCCCAUCAGCCAAAGUGGUAAUUGAGACCAGCCACGGCGGCGCGGGAACCGACCUAACCAACACCACCAUCUCCAUCCCCCUCAACACCGUCUACCACAACAGCACCGCGCUCGACCAAGUCUCCACCCUGUACCUGACCGGCACCUCUCUCACCCCCUUCGACAGCGUCAUCUGCACCCCCUGGUCGCAAACCGACGGCUCCGGCACCAGCGGCCUUCCCUUCAACAGCUCCGCGCCCAGCUACGUCUCCACAAACGACGUCGUGGUGCGCUCCAUCGUGUGCAUCUCGACUUCCGUCGCCACCAGCCCGGGUGGCCCGGGCGGCGCGGGCGGCUCCUCCAUGACCGCCGCCUCCUCCACUACCCUCGUCACCCACACCGGCACCGGUUCCACGCAGACCGCCGCCUCCACCCUCACAACCGCCACGCCCGCGAGCGCCACUUCCGCCUCCAAUCCUUCGGCCUCCCAGAGUGCCGGUAAUGCGGCAAGUGGCCUGUAUCUUUCCGGCGAAUUCUUUGGCGGCUUGGCUCUGGCUGGCUUUGGCGUGGCAUUUGCACUCUGAGCUAGGGUAGCUUGGUUUAUGCUUUAUUUACCUUUGAGACUGGCGAUGCGAGAGCUCUUGAGCUUGUGUGGACAUUUACGCGAGACGUGGUGCCGCCAGGUGCUUUUGAGAAGCACGCUUUCUAAUUUCAAUGCCAGACCAAAUCAAAUUUGAUCCUUUACCGACGUGCAAGUUUGCACGUCACUGACACAAA